AACGCGGAAAUAAACAGCAAAGCUGUCAAGGUAGCAUGGAGGAGCGCGGAGAAAGUGGAGUAGUGUCAAAAUAAUGUGGGGCGGUGAAGUUUGUCCGAGGUUUAUGUGAAGGGCUUGGGGCUAAUGUGGUGCAGCUGCAUUGAAAGUGGCACCUGUUUGCUAUGGCAUCAUCCCCCUUCCCUCUUUUCACCGUCGUCUUACUCCUGACAUCGCUCCCUCUGCGAUCUUUUGUAUCACUCGAAUUGCAGAAUCCCCUACCCUCCUGUGAGCCUGGCCGCUCCUGGGCGAUCCAACUGAGCCACGAUUCUGAGCCUCACGAAAACUCUCUCGACGAUCUGGCCCACCGUGUGGCGCUGGAAGCUGGUCUCGAGAGCCGUGGACAGAUCGGGCAGCUCCAUGGCCACUACCUGCUCUGCCAGGUGACGGAAGAGGAGGAGCAUCCACCGGCAGCCGGGCAGAUCUUGGACGCCCACCCUCACGUGGUCUGGCACUUGCAGGAGAACGUUCUGAGCAGGUCCAAGAGGGGCAUGAUCUUCAACGAUCCCAAAUACCCGAGCCAGUGGCAUUUGCACAAUGACAUGAAGCGCGGCAUGGACAUCAACGUGACCGGCGUGUGGGAGCAUAACAUCACCGGUGCAGGCGUGACCGUGGUCGUAGUGGACGACGGCCUGCAGCACACACUGGAGGACAUCAAGCCCAACUACUCUCCUGAAGGCAGCUACGACCUGAACUCGAACGAUCCGGACCCGAUGCCUCACCCGGAUUCGCAAAGCGAUAACCACCAUGGGACGCGCUGCGCGGGCGAGAUCGCCGCCGUGCCCAACAACAGCUUCUGCGCCGUGGGAGUCGCGUACGGCAGCAAGGUGGCAGGUAUCAGAGUUCUGGACGGACCCCUCACCGACAGCAUGGAGGCUGUGGCUUUUAAUAAACAUUACCAGGUCAAUGAUGUUUACAGCUGCAGCUGGGGACCAGAUGAUGACGGACGGACUGUUGAUGGACCACACCCCCUGGGCCAGGCAGCACUACAGCAUGGCGUCAAAGCUGGCAGAAAAGGCUUCGGGAGUAUCUUUGUUGUUGCUAGUGGCAACGGAGGCUUGUAUGACGACAACUGCAACUACGACGGCUAUGCUAACUCCAUCUACACAGUCACUAUUGGUGCAGUAGAUGAGAACGGAAAGAUGCCGUUCUAUGCAGAAGAGUGUGCCUCCAUGUUGGCUGUCACUUUUAGCAGCGGGGGAAGACAACUACGCAGCAUUGUGACCUCAGACUGGUCGCUCCAGCAGGGGACGGGCUGUACCGAAGGGCACACGGGUACAUCAGCAGCAGCUCCCUUGGCAGCGGGCAUGGUGGCACUGAUGCUACAGGUGCGGCCCUGCUUAACAUGGAGAGAUGUUCAGCAUAUCAUCACGUACACGGCUACACAGUACGACACGGAUGCGGAUUGGGAGACCAACGGCGCCGGCUUCCACCACAGUCACAAGCAUGGCUUCGGUCUGCUCAAUGCCUGGAGACUGGUCAACGCUGCCAAGGUUUGGGAGACUGUGCCACCCCUAUUAUCUUAUCCAAGCCCAAUUUUAAAAGAAGGAGAGACGAUCCCAGCCUAUCCCGACAAACUCAUCCUCAGCAUUAACGUCUCAGAUGUAGACCUCAGACAGUCAGGCAUUGAGACGUUGGAGCACGUGGCUGUCACGGUGACCUUAACUCACCGACGCCGUGGAAAUGUCGAGAUUGUGCUCGUCUGCCCGAGCGGAAUGACCUCGCUCAUCGGAGCGAAGAGAACCUUAGACACAGAUGCGACUGGCUUCAGAGACUGGACUUUCUCCACUGUCCGGUGCUGGGGAGAGCAAGCUGUCGGCCAGUACAGCCUCUACGUCACUGACCACAGAGAUCCAUCAUAUCCUUUGGGCAUGCUGAAGCACUGGAAGCUCACUCUAUACGGCUCAACGAUGUCCUUCGAGGAAGUGUUGAACAGACAGAGGCUUGUGGACGAAGCGAUGAGCGGUCAGUUCCUAAACAGCAAUUUCUCCAUUCCAUGUCCACCAGGCUUGGACCUUCCUCCUGAACCUGAGAUACCGUUUACUUCCAACACACUCAAGUUUUUGCUUCUCCUGGGCUGUUUCGCACUCUGCUGGUCCCUGUACUACAUGCUGGAGAUUAUACUCACCCACAUACACUGGCAGGGACUGCGACGUGCAGCUGCCAACACAAAAGACAGCCCGUUUGUUGAAAUGCAGCCACUGAUGGACAUAGAGUGGACUUAGAGGCCAAAAUGUGUCUCAUAGGAAACUAUGAGGACACAUAGCACUCAGGUGGGGGAAGCAAAAAAAAAAAAAAAAGGACAAACAAACAAACCAGGAAGUUACAUGUCUAACGCACCUUAACCGAGCCAAACUAGUCUGUGUUGUUGCACAUUGGCCAGUUUCAACGCGCUCAGUCCUGAACUGUAAGGUGUGUAGCUGUGAUGUAUAUAAAGGGUUUCGUGGACCUUUCAGCGCAUCCAGCGAUGUGCUUUUCAUGUUGGUUCUGAAGCUGCACACUGUUCCAUUGGGGCACAUCUGGGUCUAAUUAUGUAUUUAAACAAUGUACUGGCAAGAAUCGAAGUGUUUACAGCAGGAGCAGAAAGAAAAUUACUUGAUAUUGCUGGUACUGUGGAUAAUUCUCUCUUAAGUGUGUGUGCAUUGUGUAUGAGUGAACUUUGAAUGAAAAGUGUGUUUGUGUGUGUGUGCACUGUUUUCAGAUCCGUCUCAAAGAGAAAGAAGAGUUGUAUAUUUUUAUUAAAUUAUACUUUUUUUUUUGCCAUUUUUGUUCUUUAGAUUUAUAUAAUGACUUGGUCAGGUUAAACCAAUACAUCCAGCAUUUUUUUAUUUAUUUUUUUU